AUGAAUGAAGCAGAAAUGGUGACAUCUGAUAUGGCCGGUGCAUAUCGCACGCUGCAAGGAAAGGGGGAGGGAGGGGAGGAGGAGGAGGAGGAGGAGGAGGAGGAGGAGGAGGAGGAGGAGGAGGAGGAGGAGGAGGAGGAGGAGGAGGAGGAGGAGGAGGGAGGAGGAGGAGGAGGAGGAGGAGGAGGAGGAGGAGGAGGAGGAGGAGGAGGAGGAGGAGGAGGAGGAGGAGGAGGAGGAGGAGGAGGAGAGGAGGAGGAGGAGGAGGAGGAGGAGGAGGAGGAGGAGGAGGAGAUGUUGUCCUUCCCCGCUUGUGCUUCUGUUGCGCCAGCAACCGUUGGCACUGCUGAUUCAGCCACUCUGAGAGAGCCUUUGAGGGGAAGAGAUGUAUUGACAGUAAGGCGCGGGGAUACACGGAGAAGUGGGAAUUGA